CCCUCCUAAUUUUCCCAUCUCUUUAUCUUAUCUCUUUCUUUCUCCCUCCUUGAAUCUUUUCGGUGAAAAAGAAGAAGAAAAGAUUUAUGUAUUUUGACGGGACAGAAAGUUUCCUUUCUUCGAACCCUUAAAAAGAGAGCUCAAAAACUACGCGUCUUUCCCAACACAACGAACUUCCUUUCUUAUCACACUCCCCCCCAAAACCCUAAGUCUCUCUCCCUCUCUAAAAACCUCACUCGCUCUCCCUCCUAUCUUUUCGGCCUUUUCACUCUCUCCUUUUUAUCACUUGAAUCAACUCUUCAAUUCUCUUCCAAAAUUCAUUUCUUUUUUCAAUAGAUCUCUGCAGAUCAUUCAAUGGACGAUAGAGAUAACCUUGAUCCAGGGACCGAGUUCACCAGCGAGUCAAGCUGGACAUUCGGUCAUGACUCAGAUGGUGUCAAUUAUUUCUUCUCCAACGAUCGUGAGAACUCCAUACUCAGCGAAUUCGGAUGGAAUCUUCAAUCGGAUGAACCGUCGCGGUUUAAGGACCUCGAUCGGGUAGAAGCAGAAGAGAGGUCCGAUUCGGCAGGAAACCUAGAGAUUCAGCGAUCAUCAGCAGCUGGUCCGGCAAGGUCUGGUGGUAGAGGCAGUCGUGACGGUUCGACUACGAACUAUCCAUCAGUAUCAUCGAGCUCCAGCGAGGAUCCACCCGAGAAGUCUACGGACUCCGGCGGGAAACCGCCUGAGAUACCGAGUACGGUUAAAAAGAAGGGUCAGAAAAGGAUCCGGCAGCCACGUUUUGCAUUUAUGACCAAAAGCGAAGUUGAUCAUCUUGAAGAUGGAUACAGAUGGCGGAAAUAUGGACAGAAGGCAGUUAAAAAUAGUCCAUUUCCUAGGAGCUACUAUCGCUGCACAAAUAGCAAAUGCACUGUGAAGAAAAGGGUUGAACGGUCGUCUGAAGAUUCCACCAUUGUGAUUACCACAUAUGAAGGCCAGCACUGUCACCAUACUGUUGGUUUUCCUCGAGGAGGAAUCAUUUGUCAUCAAGCUACAUUUUCUAGUCACAUGACUCCUCCAAUGUCGCAAUUUAUUUACCCUGGAAUGCAAUUACCCCGAGAAAAUCCUCCGAGUACUGUGCUACAGUCACGGCCAUUACCGGUUGAAGCAAGAGAAUGCAGUACAGUGUCGUCAACACCAACUCCCAAACUGGCAACAGAUGGACUGCUUGGGGAUAUUGUGCCUCCUGGAAUGCGAUGAUCAGGUUGAGAACGUGCAGAGAUGGUGUAACAUUGUUGUGGUGGCCCAUGUUCCGUGAGCAGGACGGCGAACUUUAUUUUGUUUAGCCCGUAGUGAGUCCACUUCACUGAGCCUCUUCCAAUCCAACCCCUUGGCCUGCAGUAUCCGACGUUGAUAUGCAUGUGCUUUUGCAUCAGGUAUCUGUCGCCCACAUUAAUGCGCCCUUACACUAGAAGAUGGUAUUUAUGUCAAAUCUGCGUUUCGAUGAUUUGUGCAUAUAGCUUUUCAUGCAAUCGAUAUUAAUGUGUAUAUAUAAUGGACAGCAGGUACGUGCUCCUCAUUUUUCACGCUCUUUGCUACCCAGCAUUCAAUUUAGAGUCCCAAUUUAUAGUCUGCACCUUGUAAAAAUGCCUUCAUUUCUCCUGUCCCUUUUUUUUUUUUUUUUUCCUUUCUUCUUAAUUAUUAUUCAAUAGCUUCUGAU